AUGAAGGGCUUGGCGGCAAGCGGGUUCCCAGGCGGCGGAUCCGGGGCGGUUCCCGGGGCAUACGGAAGCAACGGUGGAGCCUUUGGGCCGUCCAGUUCUUUCGGAUCGUCCCUGGUUUCUAGCAGUGCGUUAGGGAGCGUCAUGAACUCGAUCAGGAAAGUGGAAGUGACCCGUGAACUCGUCUGCAAAGGCACAGUUUCGGCGAGCGUGGGCAUUGCGCUUGGCAUCAUUGCCUCGCUUAUUGUGAACUGUACCUUGGUCGAGAUCUCCAUGUCCUCGUUUUUUUCCUUUUACUUUGGACUUCUCUUCGUCACCGUCGGGAGCGUCAUUCUGUGGCGCAUUCAAGUAACCAGUAAAAUGGCGGCAGAUAUCUCCGUAGGAGGAGGGGAAGGCGACCAGCCGAGAAAGAUGCAGUUGCAAUUCUUUGCAGCCUUGAUUAUUGUCUCGGGUAUCCUCUGUUUUGUCCUGAAAAAGAAUUGGUUCGUGGGUCUGCAUCCGGUCGUCAAGGUGCCCCUAUACACUCUUCUUGGCAUAUCUGUCGCCUUUGCCCUCACUUUCUCUCUCGUCGAUAUGGUAAACUAUCUCCUCGGCUUCUUCCAGUCCGCCGUCGCGAAACCGCUCGUGGAAUCCAAAGAGCAAGUCAACCUGGUGCUCUUCAUUGCCCUUCUUAUGGGCGGCUUAUUUGGUUUCAUUUUCGGCGUCCUAGAUGUGGAAGAUGAGGUCCAGUACCACGUCCGUCUGGCGCUCUUGAGGGAGCAGCAUCUCUGCUAUCCAAUCGGAGCCAUUCUGGGAGGGCUCGCCGGCCUCGGCAACGAAAUUCUUAGACAAGCAGAUGAGGCAAAAAUCCGGAAGCUGGCGACAGAAUUCGAUGAAGAAAUAUAA